GCACUACACAACAGGACCAAACCAGCUGGCGCAACCAACUCUCUCUCUCUCUCUCUCUCUCUCUAGAGAGCUUGAAUUUCUCAACGAUUGAUUUCCUUAUUUAGUUUGCUACUCUCGAUCUUUCGCAUUUUCCCUUUUUUCGGGUCUUCUCUUGCUUACCUUAAUAACGUAGAAGAAAGAGAGUGAAUUUCGAGACAGUAAAUUCUCUUCUUUUCUGUACUAUAUUGUUUCUUUUUUCUUUUUUACUUUUAUUUUUGUUGGUUGGGUUCGUGAAAAAUGAAAAUGGGGGGAUCUUUGUUCACGGAAGAUCCUUGCCCGUGAUCUCAUUCCCCUGUCACCACGGUUGCACGUUGGGAUCCUUGAGUUAUGUACAAUUCAUGGGAAGGAACCAUUUCUGUUUUCUUCAUGAAGUUUUUGAGAUAGAAGAAUUAGUUGCUUGUCUUUAGUUUCUGGUUUUGUCGUUUUUUCCUGGAUUGUCUUCUUCUUCUUUUGCUUUGUCGCCCUUGGUGGUGGUGGUAGAUCUCUGCAAGAGAGCGAAAACUAUGUCCAGUUUCGUAGGCGUUCUUGUUUCGGAUCAAUGGCUCCAGAGUCAGUUUACUCAGGUGGAGCUGCGCGUGCUAAAGUCCAAGCUGUGGUUGUGUGGGUUUAGUUCCUUUCUAUGAGGAAGGGAUCGGGACAUGUUGCUCUUGCGGAUUUGCCUGCUAACAUGGCUAAGCUCAAGCGUCUCAGCGACAUAUUGACCGAGGAGGAAAUCUCUGGCUUCCUAGCUGACACUUAUCCAGACACGGAGACUGAAAUCGAUUUCGAAGCAUUUCUUCGGGUUUACUUGAAUAUGUUAUCUCGUGCUAAUGAAAAAGUGGGUGAUGCUAAGCAUGCAUCUGCGUUUCUCAAGAAUGCGACCACAACGCUUUUGCAUACAAUUAGUGAACCUGAGAAGUCAUCAUACGUUGCCCACAUCAAUAGCUACCUCGGACAAGAUGCAUUUUUGAAGAAAUACCUGCCCAUUGAUCCUUCCACCAAUGACCUUUUCGAGCUUGCCAAGGAUGGUGUUCUUCUCUGUAAAUUGAUUAAUGUUGCCGUGCCUGGCACCAUUGAUGAGAGGGCAAUUAACACCAAAAGUAUACUUAAUCCCUGGGAGAGGAAUGAGAACCAUACACUUUGCCUCAACUCUGCAAAGGCUAUUGGGUGUACUGUCGUAAACAUUGGCACCCAAGAUCUGGUUGAGGGAAGGCCCCAUCUAGUUCUUGGGUUGAUAUCACAAAUUAUCAAGAUACAACUAUUGGCAGACCUGAACUUAAAGAAGACGCCACAGCUAGUGGAACUGAUAGAAGAUAGCAAGGAUGUGGAAGAACUCAUGAGUUUACCUCCAGAGAAAGUACUAUUGAGAUGGAUGAACUUCCAUCUUAAAAAGUCUGGCUACAAAAAGAAUGUAACAAACUUUUCUUCUGAUCUAAAGGACGGUGAGGCAUACGCGUUCCUUUUAAAUGUCCUUGCCCCAGAACACUGUAACCCAGCCACAUUAAGUGCAAAGGAUCCUUCAGAAAGAGCAAACCUGGUACUUGAACAUGCUGAGAGAAUGGAUUGCAAAAGAUAUCUAACUCCAAAGGACAUUGUGGAAGGCUCACCAAACCUUAAUCUUGCCUUUGUUGCCCAAAUAUUUCAUCAAAGGAAUGGUUUAUCAGUUGAUAGCAGCAAAAUAUCUUUUGCUGAAAGAAUGAGCGAAGAUGUGCAAACUUCUAGAGAGGAACGCGCAUUCAGAUUGUGGAUUAAUAGUCUCGGUGUUGAUACAUAUGUUAACAAUGUAUUUGAGGAUGUAAGAAAUGGAUGGGUUCUUUUGGAAGUUCUCGACAAAGUAUCUCCAGGAAUAGUUAAAUGGAAACAAGCAUCAAAACCUCCAAUUAAGAUGCCAUUCAGAAAGGUGGAAAACUGCAACCAAGUUGUAGGAAUUGGGAAGGAAUUGAAGUUCUCUCUAGUGAACGUUGCUGGAAAUGACAUUGUGCAGGGAAACAAGAAAUUAAUAUUAGCUUUCCUAUGGCAGUUGAUGAGGUAUAAUAUUCUUCAGCUUCUGAAGAACUUGAGAUCUCAUUCCCAAGGAAAGGAGGUGACUGAUGCUGAUAUCUUAAAUUGGGCAAAUAGCAAAGUCAAGAAUGCAGGGCGGACCUCUGAAAUGGAAAGUUUCAAGGACAAAAAUCUUUCAAAUGGAAUAUUUUUCCUUGAACUUCUCAGUGCAGUAGAGCCAAGGGUUGUCAACUGGAACCUUGUCACUAAAGGCGAAACUGAUGAGGAGAAAAGAUUGAAUGCAACAUACAUCAUCAGUGUGGCACGAAAGCUUGGAUGUUCCAUUUUCUUGUUGCCUGAGGACAUCAUGGAGGUGAAUCAAAAGAUGAUUCUGACACUGACUGCAAGCAUCAUGUACUGGAGCCUGAAACAACCAGCUGAAGAAGCACCUACAGCCACUUCAAAUAGUGAAAAUGAGAGUUUUCCCGAUGGCAAUGAUAACUUGAGCAUUGAAGGCGUGGUUCCAGAAGCAUCAUCUUCUUGCCCAGAUGAAAAUACAGACGUGGUGCCACCUCAACUUGUUGAAGCCUCUUUAUUGAACACAGGAACGUCUUUGCCAGUUACUGAAAAGGAGGAGUGCAUAGGCAAUGAGGCUCCACCACAGCAAGAACAAGAUGGAGAAGGUGAGCUAAACAAAGAAAUGUAGAAUUUCUUUUUGAUCUUUUUCUCUCUAUUAUUUUGUUCUUUGUAUACAAGUACAUCUUAACAUUCAGACUGUAAGCAGCUGAAAGUUAAAUAUUGCACUAAGAGCUACUCAAAGAAGUGUAGCAUAAGUGAAGCCCCUAGUGGUACUUGUAAUA